GUCACGCGCUGGACGCUGUGCUUCUCGGCGUGGGCGUUCUGUUCCUCCCUGGCGGGCAGCGAGUGGGGCGCCUCGGCCAUGUGGGCGGCGGGCAUCAGACAGGACGCAGCGCGGGGCCCGACGGCGGGGUCGGGCGGGGCCACGAUGAUCCAGAAGGACCCCCGCCUCGGGCCUGGCAUGGGCGGCUCGGCGGUACAGCUGAUGGGCUAUGAAGGGGCGCAGUACUUCGCCACACAGCCCACGCCCCAGACGGCGGUCGUGGGCUCCACCGCCGUCUUGCCUUGCAGGGUCAUCAACAAGGUCGGUCACUUGCAAUGGACGAAGGACGGCUUCGGGAUGGGCACGGAGCGCGACCUCUUCGGCUUCGCUCGCUACGCCAUGAUCGGCUCGGAUGACGAAGGUGACUUCAGUCUGAGGAUCAAGCCCGUGCUCCUUGAAGACGACGGACUCUACCAGUGCCAAGUCUCCGCGAGUGACGGAGUGCCAGGCAUCAGGUCCCAAACGGCCCGCCUCACCGUCUACGUGCCCCCGGAGGCUCCGAGAGUCAAGCCCCCGGUCCUCCAGACGACAGCGGGGAUGACGGUGAACCUCGAGUGUGAGAGUCGAGGAGGAAGGCCGUCUCCGGAGAUCCAGUGGGUGGACGACAGCCAGCGAGAGACGGUCCGCUCAGGUACGAGCCUAUCGACCGAGACGAUGUCCGACGGAAAAAGGGUUAUCGUCCGCUCUCGCCUCGCCUUCACGCCCCGCCGCUCUCACCAUAACUCCACCAUCACCUGCCUCACCUCUCACCAGGCUUUGAGCUCGCCGCUAACAAGCUCCAUUCAGCUCGAAGUUUUAUUCCCGCCCGAAGUCGGCCUCACCGUUCGUCCGCAGCUCCUGGUCGAGGGGGACGACGCGAGCUUCAUCUGCAGCGCCGAAGCCAACCCCGACAAUAUAACGUACAAGUGCGGUGACCCAGGACCUCAGCGCUCAAUCUCAUCGUACUGGAUAGCUUAUUCGAGCGUGAGUAAAAUCAUUCAGUAUGGUGAGCGAGACGUUGUGGUGGAUAAAGCUUUAGUGCUGCAGAAUAAACACAAAGAUAUAAGCAACAAAUGGACAGCGUGGUACCACAACAACCAGGAGUUGCUGAACGAAACCUCCAAGACGUUAAUUCUGUCGAAGAUCUCGAGGAACCUUCACCAGAGCGCGAUUUCCUGCGAGGUCUCCAACAAGGUGGGUACGUCCAAGAAGACCCAGAGCGUGCACGUGCAGUACGGCCCCAUGUUCCGUGCCCUUCCUCGCGACGUGGCGGCCGAGACGGGGAAACAGGUCAUCCUCAAGUGCGACGUGGACUCCAACCCUCCGUCGUCUAUCGUGUGGCUGCAGGAGGGCUCGGAAAAGAUCAUAGGGUCCGGUUCAGAGCUGCGUGUGGUCGUGGGACCUUCCACAGCGGGAGUUUACAGAUGCGUGGCGGCGGUGAGAGGGUUCCCUGACCUCCAGGGGCGCCUCAGGGUCCUGGUGAAAGGCCCUCCUCUGAUCGUGAGCUCCAGUGACCAGCAAGGGAGAAUGGGGGACACCGUGACCCUCGAGUGCAACACCGUGUCCAUCCCGAGCCCGAUUCGGAUCACGUGGACGUAUAGAGGCCGGGAGAUUGAUCUUAGUGAUCCCCGCUACGAGGUGGUGGAGGACGAGCAAGAGGAAGGAUUUAGAAAUAUUUUGGUGAUUCACGACGCAGACACGCAUGACUUCGGCUCCUACAACUGCUCGGUCGUGAAUGAGUACGGCGUCGCGAGGAAGCAGAUCAGGCUGAAUGAAGAGAAGCGAGUGCCGAUGCUGAUGCUUGUGGGAGGAGCCGUGGUCUUCGCUCUCGUGGCCGUCGUCGUCAUCUCCCUCGUCCUCUGCAACAAACGCCAUUCGAACAGCUCCGGUUCCCCCGUGCCCGAAAAGCCCCCCGCGGCGACAGUAGUAACAGGCCCUACCGUCGCCAACAUGUACUCGGCGCCCUCGGACACCAAGCUCUCCUCUGACCUCACGCCCACGCCUUCCAACCGACCCUACGACGAGCUCACGCCCACGGAGGACUCGAACGCAAGGGCGGCCCACACGCUUAACAGACUCAGCGAGGAUUCGGCCCAGACCUUCAUUCCUGAUCCUGACGCCGACGGUGGGCGGGGCUACGUUCCCUUCGUGGACUACAGCGGCCGCGACUACGCCCCCGUGCCCAAUGGGCGCCGGGCCUCCUUCGGCGACCUCGACACCUACAGCACGCCGACGCCCCCGUCCUCCACGGCGUCGGACUACUGCACCAUCAAGCGGGGCUCCCGCGGCCACGGCCCGACGGUCGGCAACGGCACGGGCGUCGCCGGCACCAACUACGCCGAGUCGCCCACGCUGAGACACAACGGCACGGGCCCCGCGGCGCCGCGCCACUCCUCGCCGUACUCGCCGCACCGCAACAACUCGUACGGGUCGCCGCCGCCGCCGCCGUACCCGCGGGGCAAGCUCGACUCCCCUCGGGGCAACGCCUCGCCCACGGGCACCGCCUCCCUCACGCGGACCAACUCCGUGUCGCACGCGGACGAGCGCUGUUCGCCCGAGACCAAGUACAUCUUUUCUCCCGAAGCCAUGAUGAAGCCCGGCACGCUGGUGUAACUCAGGCCUCUUGUGUGUCCUUCCUGUCCUGCAAGUGUGCUGGUCGGAGGACCACGGGAGCGAGGGUGAGCGGGGACCCUUUUGACUACCUGGAUCUCAAUACUGUGACCUUCCUGCUGCUCGUAGAUGAAGAUUAAGGUGCCUCAAUUAAGAUCAAGUGUCCCAGGCUGACCUCCCAGCAUCCUGCCGCAAAGAGACAACCGAUUUAGUAAUCAUUCUGCCUCAUGUUGCACAGACGCACCACAGGAAAAGGACAACAUCCACACCAACCAGACGCGAUCAUACUUGCAACAGUUCCCUCUAUUUUCUUGAUAGUUCCACACCAUCCAGGUCAGGCUGUCGAUAAAAAAAAGGUGCUACAAGCCAGGCCACGGUUUGAGCUAGCCAUGUAUGACAUAUCAUAUUCACAGCAGUGUUUGUGUUGUUUUAGCAUCAAGGUAACUGUACCUCUGUCCCUAAACAUAUCAUCCAACCAUAUGGAUGCCAGGUUUUAUAUACACCGAGCAUAGUUCUGUUUUAGACCCGUGGCGUUAUAUAGACUGUCAGUUGGGUAUGUGUCAAAUUAGCUGUUGUUAUCAAGACUGAGUAACCACUGCUGACCCAAACUUUCUGACAAACCUAAUGAAAUAGUAUGAUGAUUGUGAUGCCAAGAAAAUGAGCGUCAUAUUCCCUUGACAUACGAAGCAGAAGGGCCUGGUACUAUAACACACCAGGCAAAAGAACAUAACAUACUGGACGAUCCAAACCAAAGAUUCUAACACUAGGUAUCAAGCAUAAUGGCCUGAUCCAUUACACAUGCUGUCCAUACACAUCCACACUCGCUUUCCAACAUUUCCUAACCCUGCUGGAGGAAGGUCCCAACGCUAGCUGGUUGCAUCCCACCUCACACUGACCGGACAGUCUAUUCCUGAAUCCUGGGUACUGAUAAUGAAUAGACGACUUUUAUACUCUAGCGUUAUUCAAGACUUUUUAUUAUCAGGUCUUCCAGAUGUCUUAUUGCUUUUAUAGAAAAAAACACACAAAAUAAAAUAAAAUAAAUGAUGUUACUUUAAAAUGACAUUUUAUAUUUUUAUAACACUUGCGCUACUCUAGAGGUAGUAUUAGACGUAAGAGAGUCCCCACUCUGUAUAUCAUUUUAAGAUAGAUCGUUUGGGCAUUGCUAUAUAUUGUAAAUGGCCAACUGCUUCAUGGCUGUGAAAUGUUGGGUUUGUGGCUAUAUACCUUCACCGUGUAAAUACAAAAAUAUAUAGUAUUUACGGAUGUUCUAGUCAAAAAAGUAAAUAAAAAGACACAUGUUUGGUAUAAAGAUUUAGAACUGGUACUAUAAGGUAUAUUAUCCUGAAGAAAAUUUUCAAGAUAUUGAAAAAAAACAAUACCUGCGGAAAUUUACUAACAUGUAGGUUACUU